AUGAAGCUCAAAAAAUUCAAUUUAAUUAAUCUUAAACAAUUAAAACAUAUUCAAUAUAAUGAUUUCAACAUGAAUGAAAGUACUGAUGAUUAUGAACCGUCAAUUGACAAACUACGAUUAGGCAAUUUUAUUGAGAAAGCAAUCGGCUAUUCAACUAUGGAUAACAAAGCAAAAUCGGAAAUUGCAGCAAAAUUUGUAGAUGAAACUUCUACAGAUGUUUUUGAAUUAAAAGUCAAAGAGUAUAAAUUGGCUGCAAAUAUUGAUAAAUACGCCCAGAAGGAUGAUUUCUGA